AGGAGGAGGGAGCAGCCUCGGGCGGCUGGAGACGAGGAUGGGAGUGCGGGGCAAGCGCGCGGCGCCCAGGGUCACGGCCGCGGCGGAGUCUGCCGGGCGCUAAGCCAGAGCCCGGCGCUUUUAAAGCCGGGAUCCCGGCGCGCUCUAGGCGCGGGCGGCGGCCGGAUGGAGAGAAAGGCGGCCCGAGCCUCGGGGAACCCUAACCCGCCCGCGCUGGGCGAGGGGCCGCGGUCCGUGCCACCACCGUGCGUCCCGGGCGGCGGAGGGGCCCCGGAGCGGGGCCAGGCUGGGGCGGCGGCCGAGCCCGCGGAGCUCAUCCGGCGAGCGCACGAGUUCAAGAGCCAAGGGGCGCAGUGCUACAAGGACAAGAAAUUCCGCGAAGCCAUCGGCAAAUACCACCGGGCGUUGCUGGAGCUGAAGGGGCUGCUGCCGCCUCCAGGGGAGCGGGAACGGGACGCGCGGCCAGCUUCCCCGGCUGGAGUCCCCAAACCCAGCCACCUCUCAGAGGAACAGAGCAAGACCAUAGAAGCCAUCGAGAUCGACUGCUACAACAGCCUGGCAGCCUGCCUGCUCCAGGCCGAGCUGGUAAAUUAUGAGCGAGUCAAGGAGUAUUGCCUCAAGGUCCUAAAGAAAGAAGGAGAGAACUUCAAGGCCCUUUACAGGUCUGGUGUGGCCUUCUAUCAUCUAGGGGACUACGACAAAGCUCUCUACUACCUGAAAGAAGCAAGGACCCGACAACCAACAGACACCAAUGUGGUUCGGUACAUCCAGCUGACGGAGAUGAAGCUCAGCAGAUGUUCCCACAGGGAGAAAGAAGCCAUGUAGCCAAGAGCCUCUAUUAAGCCACACCCAUGCCUGACGAGGGACAUCCAGGCACCCUUGGCGGAGAGUCCCUGUGUGGGUUCUCUCCCUCUCUCCCCAGUUCUUCCUGUACUCCCUGUCCUUCCUGUUGCUCUUGACUCUGCUACUCCCAGUGCGAGGUGAGAGGCACUCUUGGACCUUGGCGGGUGGCCCAGAUGUGGACUUAAUUCUCUUUUCCAGCAGACCAGCAAAUGGGACAGCUGGGGAAGAGUCUCGUGGACUGGGGACAACACUGUGGCUUCGACUUGGGCCAAUGUUUCGGAGCCUGGCAGGUGUGCAGAGCCAACGGUCUGGAACCUUCUACACCUUCUUGAUGAACCAGAGCAUCUUGAGGAAACUGAAAGAAACCUGGGGCUGAUGAAUGGGAGAAGCCUUUUCCAACCAAGGCUGAGAUUGUGAAUUCCCUACCCCCCUCCUCCCGCCAGUCACCUGGGCUCCUGCCACACACACCCUUACUUGUCUAGGCUUGUACUUUCUUCUCUCGCUCUGGGAGGUCAGUUCUUUGCCAGGCAGGCUUCACAUACCAUCAAGGCCCACUCUCGGUGCCCUCUGGUGACCACACAUACCAUUCCCCUGCCUCCCAGCCAGCAGGCAGCUGUGACAGCAGAAGGGCGGGGUGCAAUGGGCCAAAUGUUGGGAGCAGAGCAGACUGCGUAGGUGACAGAGGAGGGAAAGAUGGCGCCAAGGGGAAGAAUGAGCCUUGGGUGGGCUGAGGGACUGGACUGACUAAUGUAAAUAAAAACUAGCUCCCAGGCAUCAGUUCUGUUGAGAGCAGCCCACUCCCUCAUUUCCUUCCCCUUCCUGUCCCUCAGGCAGAGUGGCCUACAACUUCUCCUAAAGCCAAUGACCGUUAGCCAGGACUAACCUUCAUGGUGGCCACAGGCUUUUGUGCUUUGAGGAGUCGGCUGGGAUUGUGGAGGGUGCCCCAGGAUUUGGCUCUGUGAGGAUUUGUCCAGCCCUCCCUUUUUUUUGACAGAAUUGCCUGAACUCAAUAUCUAGCACAUAACAAAUUUUUGUUGAAUUGAUAAAUUUCGACUGCAGACUGACUCUCCUGCCUUAAACUGAUCGGAUCCCAGCCUGGUCUCCUGACACGUAUGCUUUUUAUGCUAUGCCAUGUUGAAACAUCUCUCGGGGGGUGGGGGGGCUUGCAAUUUCCCCACCACAGUGCAAUAUAGGAUGCAGUCCCAGUCUUCACGGAGAUAGGACAGCUGAGAAAUCCAUAUGAGAUUAUUACCAAUGACACCACUAAUGUAUAGGACGCUUAAACAUUUCCAAGGCACUUUCAUGUCUUUUUCGUGUGACUUAGUGAGACACUGUUGUAUAAAAUUAAAAUAUAUACAGAUGCAAUAAUGUUAAUAGUUAGGAUUUAUUAAAUGCUCUGUCUUCAGAUCUUUACAUGGACAAUCUCAUUUCUUUCAUAUAAUCACUUGGUGAGAUACUAUUCCCAGGUGAUGAAGAACAAAACAGCCAGAAAAAUGAACUUUCUUGAGGUUGCAUGGCCUUACGGGACAUGACUAGGACUGAAUCAGAUCUGUCUGACUCCAGAGCUCUUGCAACUAACUAACUAUCCUGUGCUUAGCUGCCACUCUGUUGGACAGGAACAACUGUUUGAGUAGAAAAAUAUUUGCAUUAAGUUAAGAAAUGUCCAACACAGUGCCCUGCCCACCUUAUAUUUAUGAGUGCAAGACAAAAAGAGACCCCAGUGGCUUGAGCAGUGACCAGCCAGGAGAAGACAACUAAGACCCAACAGUAAAUCUGUGUGUUGGUCGCUCUAUUUGCUGAUGGGGCGGCAUGAAUGGGAACAACCCACCUGACCUUCCUCACUGUGUGGCCAGCAGCGAGAUAGGAUCACAAUUAUAGGCAAAGAUAGAAGAGAAACAUGAAGUGAAUUAUGGGUCACUAGUGGCUUUGCCACUGCAAGACCCAGUCACUGCUGAAGGGCCCAGCAGCCAACAGAACAGGUUUUAUCCACACAGCUCCCCAAACACUUUCAAUGGGGGCUGCAGGAAGGUGCUAGAAAUAUCCAGAAGUCCACAGUGACUCUGGAGAAGAAGAAAAGGAAAAAGCCAUUCCAGGUACCACAUUCCCUUUUCUCUCCCCGAUUUUGACCAUAUCUUGUAUUCUUCCUCCAAAAUGACUUCACAUGACCCCAACCCCAAACUCCUCUCAGCCCUGGCAUAUGCCUAUGCCCAUCCCCUCAACUCCCAAUGCCAUCCCCAGGCUCAGGGUUUAUAAGUUGACAAACUAUUAGGAUCUGAAGGACAAGAAUGAGGUCAAAGGUGAUCUACAGGAUGAGUUCAAACUGGCAGGCUCCCCGUUUGUUCUUCAAUGCAUUAGAAAUGAUUUAUAUACUUAUUCCUAACAAAGGGGCAGGAGAGAAGGCUUGCUUGGAUGUUUUGGGUCAAAACUAUACUCACAGGGAUCACUCCCAAAGAGAAGGCUUGGAAAACACAAUGAGAUGAGGACAAGUAUAUAGCCAUUGUCUUAUCCAGUGACUCAGAGAAAUAGGCUCACGGGAAAUCUAUUCACUGUGAUGCUCCUGACAAGGAACUGCCUGGGGUAUUAGUUAACGUUAAGGGGUGGCAGGGUUGAUGUUUCUGCUCAUUUGUUGACAAAGUCUUCAGAGGGCUGUGUAAUCUUCCUUUUCCGCCAGCUCCUAAAAUCAACGGCUGUACUCUAAUUACAGACUUGAUGGAUGUCUUGGUUGAACUUGUGUAGACAGCACUUGUCCUGGAUCGGACUGCACUGUGUGGACUUUUGUGAGAGACCCCGCGGCAUAAAACUUAGACUUUUCUUUGCGCUAUGAAACCGUCCCAUAUGUAUUGUAAAACAUUUAAGGAAAGUUAAGGAUGAAGCUCAGCCCCUCACACAACCACAUUUUUAUCCUUUCGGCACAUUUUCUUUUCAUUUCUCUUGGUAUAAAUGUGUGCGCACACUCUCACUGAUUUUUGUUUGUUUUUUAAUGAAGAAAACUGGACCAUGCUGUAUAUAGUCUUUAAUAACUUACUUUUCAAAUGUGUAUUUAUAUUUUAGGAUAUGCAAUAUAUGCACAGGUAUACAAAAUUCAAAUAGUACAUGAACUCUGUAGUUGGAGGUAAAAUUUUCCCUUGUCUGUGCACAGCUAGUUUCCUUCUGGUUUCUUGUGUACCCCACUAGAGAUAAGCGUUUUUUCAAAGAGAUGUAUAUAUGUUCUUUUAUUACUCACAAGUGGUGGCAUAGCAGAUACUUUUUCCUCUGUUGCUUUAUUUCUGUAACACGACAUGGGCAUUUCAGUAUAUUUUUUGGAUUUUUUUUUUGUGCCAGCAUCUUCAUGAUAUGGGUGGAUCAUUAUUUUGUAAUCUGUCUACAAAUAUGGAUGAGUGGUCCCAAUCUUUAUUGUAAAUAAUGUUGUAACCGACAUUCUUGUCGCUAAAUUUUGCACAUGUCUGUGACGAGUUCCUUGGGAUAUAAUCCAGGAAGGAAACUGCUUGGCUAUUUUCAAGGAUUUCGUCGCCAAUGCCCUGUGGAAAAUUUGUACCAAAAACACUGUCCUGUUGCAGCCCCCAGACUGCCCUGCUCUCUGGACCCUAUCAAGCACUAUACUAGGUAUUAUCUCUUUUGACAAUUUAAUAGGCAAAUGACAGUUUGUCGAUGGUAUUCCAACUUAUUGCUUUAACUUUCUUUGAUUAUUGGUAAACAACUUUUUCAUAUGCUUACUGACCAUUGGUAUUUCUUCCCUUGUGAAUUUUCUAUUUAUUUGAUAUUGAUGUGCUCAUCAUCGUCUGUGUUUAUCUUUAUUAUCUGUUUGUAACUUUAAGAAUAUUAUUUUCAUCAAGAAAUGCUACGGACAUGCUUUCCAAGAGCUUUGCUUUUAUUUAUGGUGCUUUUUGACAUACAUAAAUUCCUAAUUCUGCAAUUAAUCUGUCCUAUGUUGCUAGCUUUUCCCGCCCGUGUCUUAGACCCUCGUGUCUAAGAGGCAACCCAAGCAGGUGCUUCCACAGCGUCAAGAUGCAUGGUCACUUCUCAUCGC